CUGCGUCGCACACAGACCAGCGCGGUUGCCAUGGCGACCGACGAGGUGCUGCGACUGGUGGACGAGCUGCCCGCACCCUGCAAGGCCGUCACCGGUGACGUCACCCUGGGCGACCAGUGCCUCGUGCUGCGCCACCCCGACCAGCAGGGGCUGCUGGCCGACCUGCGGAAGCUCGCAGAAUCCGCGGCCGGCGAGCGCAGGCCCUCUGAGGGCUACGACAGUUCUUCCGGGAUCUGCGAGUACGAUCUGGAGCCGGUCGCCAGGAAGGACUCCCUGGACAGCUGCUUCUCGUCCUACAACUCCGGUGACCUGGCCGACGUCUCUAGGAAGCUCGCUUUCGGAUUCGACACGGCUGGCGUGACGUGUACUGUCGAAUGCGAGGAGAGCCUGGAACAGCGGUACGAGGCAGUCGAGAGCUGCGGCGUCGCGGAAUAUUCCGAGUCCGAGAGUGACAGCAGUAGCGAAGAUGGCGAAGAAAAUCUCGAGUGGCCGCUGGCUGGAGACAGAGAUGACGGCCACGACACUGACGGUCAGGAGCAGCCGGCAGACGAAGUGAUACAAUCGUUGUCCUCCCUGCUGCACCGAGAGACGACCCAGAAGUUCGAGAGUCUCACCGUGACCGACUCGGAGGCCGUGCACGUGGGGAACGUGACAUACAUCUUGGGCGAGGUGAACGUGAAGCAGGUGGUGCAGGAGACUUCUCUCAAGCAGCAGGUGUUCGUGUCGCAGGGGAGGGGAGGGAAGGGCCCGUCUCUGCCGCCCAGUGCACUGCGGAUCAUCAGCAGGAAGGAGUGGCUGGCGCAGCCGCCCCUGCAGCCCGCAGUGCCGGUCACGCCGCCCCUCAACCUCGUCGUCAUCAAUCACACAGCCACGGAGGCAUCCACGAAGAUGAUGACGAACAUGAUGCUGUGCCGGCGCAUCCAGCUGAUGCACGUGGAGGGUAACGAGUGGUGGGAUAUCGGCUACAACUACCUGGUGGGCAUGGACGGCUACAUAUACGAGGGCCGUGGCUGGGGGCUGGUGGGCGCACACACGUACGGCUACAACUCGCGCAGCCUGGGCGUCGCCUUCAUCGGCUGUUUCAUGCAGCACGUGCCCACGCCGGAGGCCGUCGCCGCCUUCCACCAGCUGGUGGAGCUCGGCGUCCGCGAGGGACACCUCACCCCAGACUGCCGCGUCAUGGGAAACUGCCAGUGCACACCCAACGAAAGCCCGGGCAGGGCCUUCUACGAGCUCAUGAAGACGUGGCCGCACUGGGCCGAAACGCCGCCACCUCCGCCGUGGGAUUCCGCCACGAAACAACCUGACCGUGUAGGUACGGCUUCUGAAAGAACGAAUGACAGCUCACACGUGGAAAGGGAGUGCACUGCAGAGAAAUCGAAUGCCUCCGCCGAUUCCCAUGUUGGAAAUAAUGGAACGUUCAGUCCUCUGACACCUCACUACGAAUUCCACCUGCCGAAGACCGUCGGCAAGCCUGAAGGCAGCGGAGAUUGCUCUGGUGGACAGAGAGCCGUGCUACGCGCAGAAGCCGUCGCCAGCAGUCUGCAGGUGACGACCAGCCCGACGGCGAGAGGACAGAGUGUGGCCUUCGCGAUGCGACAGGGAGGCGGCCAUAUUGCAGAGUCCAGCGGAGGCCACGGAGAGACACUGACGGAGCGGUCCAGCGAGAGUCACGAGGUGGUGAGCGUGUCCAGCUCCAGGAACGUGCACGUAGGCGGCGUCAACUACGUGCUGGGCCCGCUCAGCGUCAACCACGUGCUGCAGCGCUCCAGCGUCGAGAGGAGCAUCAGCGUCACCAAGCCGGACCAAGAAGAGAAAAAUGAUCGCCACGAAUGCAACGUUUCGUCUUUGGGCUCAUCCUCAGAAACGCUAUCUGUUACAGACAGCGAGCUGUGUCUGGUGCAACGCGAGGAGUGGGGAGCGCACCCGACAAAGGAAGAACACACGCCUCUGCCCGAGCUCAUCUCCAGAGUGAUUAUCUGUCACACGGAGACCAGCUGCGGCGCGUCGCUGGAGCAGGAAGUGAGCCACGUGCAGCAGCUACAGGUGCACGCGCUCCACAGCGACUUGCUGCAGGACAUCCGCUACAACUUCUUGGUGGGCGCCAGUGGCUACGUCUUCGAGGGUCGCGGCUGGCAGGUGAGGCCGGCCGUCGCGCGCGGCUACGACGACACCAGCCUGGGGGUCACCUUCAUCGGAAACUUCAAGACGCAGCCCCCGACUCCAGAGGCGGUGGAGGCCUUCCACCAGCUGAUGGCUCUGGGGGAGCGCGAGGGCCACCUGAGCCCCGACUGGCGAGCCAUGGCGCAGUGCCAGCUGGUCACCACGGACAGCCCGGGCCGAGCGCUCUACCAGCUGCUCAAGGGCUGGCCGCGCUGGGCCGGGCCCUCGCCGUCUGAAACAGCAGGUGUGCAAGACUUGUAUGUGGUAUCGCGAGAUCAUUGGCUGGCAAGUCCCCCGGCAGAGCCAAUCCCGAAGCUGCAGUAUCCUGUCCAGAUGGUUGUCAUCUGCCACACGGGGACGAAGGAGCCUUCGAGCGUGGAGGGUGAGCGUCGUCAGGUGCGCAGCCUACAGGACUUCGAGGUGCAGUGUCGUGGUCGGGCGGACCUUCCGUUCCACUUCGUGGUGGCGCCGUCUGGCACCGUGUACGAGGGACGCGGCUGGGAGCUGGCGGCAGACCUGAGCCUGGGGCUGGGUGGAGAUCUGGAGCCAGACCUGGAACUGGACGCUCCAGACGAUGGCAGUGGCCGGCGCUGCCUGGCCGUGGCGCUGCUGGGCACCUUCUGCAGGCGCCUGCCGGCAUCGCCGGCUCUGGACGCGUUGCCCUACCUGCUGGCCGAGGCGGAGCGCAGAGGGGUGCUGACGCAGGACUACCGCGUCGUGGGCCACUGCCAGCUCGCGGCCACCAGCAGUCCGGGCGGCGCGCUCUUCUCGCUCCUCAAGACGUGGCCGCGCUGGACCGACCGGCCAUUCGACGACGGGGGUCUCGACGCUGAUGAAAGCGACACUGCUCCGGGACGCUGACUGUCAGAGUUGUGACCCCGUCCGCUGAGUGUCAGAACUGUGAUCCAAGGGCGGCACUCUCACUCUUCCAGAAGGGGAAGGUUAUGCACCUCUGUAAAGAGCUGCACUCUUGCCUGGAAAAUUGUGGUUUUUUUACUGGUAGAGUCCCAUUCGAUCACAGGUGUGUUUCACACCACAGUCUGCUCUGUCAACAGUAGUACGAAAGAUAAUCCAGAGCUUUUAGAAGUAAAUAAUUACAGUCAGAUUGUGGAACACAACCGAGGUGCAGUCCACAAAUCCGUAGUCUACAUACGCCAAGUCACUGGCCACAUCCUUUGGUGUAUGUUCUCACGAAGUAGAAUCUCUUCAUUAGAUAGUGUACGCUAAUCAGCAGAAUACCACCGAGUCCAGAAGAUGGGACAUUCAUUGACAACUGACUGGUGCAUCUCUGUUGCUAUUAGUGCGGUAAACAAUCGAAGAGCAUUAUAAAAAACGACGAAUCCUCAAAUCCAAGGAAAACGAUUAAUCAGAAAUGUACGAAUCCUAUUCUAUGAAAAUUUAAAAAAAAUCUGAAUAAAUUUCUGACUUCUUUAUUCCUGUAUGUUUUUGGAGCUUACAGGCGCUCAAAAGUGAGGUUAUCAGCGUCCCUAUUUAUUCCUGAAGGUCUAGACAAUUCCUUCUACAAGUCCCAGAUGAUACAGUAUUUACAGGCCAUGAAUUGUCUUUGUAACAUUGCUUUCAAAACCAGCAGUAGAAUGGAGGUAUUGAUCUUUAACAUAGUUCCAGAAUCAAUCUUGAAAACCUGUGUGCUCACUGAGUCGAAGUAGCGAUGUUUCAAAGACUGCUAAUCGACUUGUUGUUCUAUUGAGAAUUGCUAUCACUUUAACAUUGCAGGAAUAAAGGGUUUCACCUUCUUUAUAAUCAUUAUAUGCAAUGUUCAAAAAUUGUACACAUGCAUCCUAUACGUUAUACAGUAAGCAGUAUAAAAUCUCAAGAAAUUUUUGUAUGUAAAUAUAACAAUUAAAAUGACAAGACGUUUAACACAA